AUGGAGGGCACCAAAUUGAAGGCGGCUUUGCUGACAUGGCUUAUAGCUGCAGAAAAAGCCCACUGUUUCCCACGGGUGGGAACUGCGGUAGGAAGUAUACUGCAAAGUACAGCUGUUGAUUCUGCGACUUCCUUUGAGACCCAAUAUCCACCUUCAAACAGUGAGAGCAGGCUUCUCAUUCCAGAGUCUCAUCCAGUAUAUCGAGUAGCUUUGCAACACGACGGCCAUUCAUCACAGCAGCCGUUUCCCAAUUUUGACGUUGCUGAGUUUAUCGACGGCUUAGAAGACUUGUUGAGCUCAGCAAGCACGACGGUCUCAUCGUCGACUACUACAGCUGGAUCUGUGGCACAUACAGCGCAGACUCCGCCAGGUACUACUGUCGCCCAAGGACCCGUUACCACAGAGAUUUCGCUCCCAGUUGGACCGGAUCACCCCAAAACCAUGAAUGGUCAAGAUAUCUUCCAGCCGGUGGCCACUGGCCCUAUUCCUGCCAACAUCAAGUCUCGAGAUGAUCACCCAGUGAAGAACUUACACGUCAACACCUCCGAUCCUCUUUCAACCAACAAGUUCUACGCCGGACUCUUCCUCGGUACCCAGACCAAUGCAACUUUCACUCAACCCUACUCUCUGGCAUGGUCCAAGGGAGGCGGCUCCUUGAAGAGCUGGGGUAUGGGCAUCUCCCAUGUCCAGCCAGGCAUGCUCGCAUUCGGUCCUGAGAACCGAAAGAUUCCGGGAAAUCCAGUGCAGUACUAUAUCAACCCAAUUGGUCUGCAGCAUCUGAUUUUCUCUGCAACUGAACUCAAUCAGUCGAGCGUAAUGGACACCGAACAGCCCACGGCAUUCUCUGCCAACGCUGUCCUCAAGCGCUCCCCAGGCUCAGCUCAGCAGAUCACCUUCCCUCUUGUGCAAGGCAUGGGCUAUGCGACAGCGGUGUACAAUGAACUGGAGCCUCUGAUCGAAAGUGGCGUGUUUUUCCGCAAGGUCGUCAGCGCCGGUUCACCCAGACCAGGCAUUUUUAAAUAUAGAGUUGACAUUGAGGAUGACACGACCUGGCUCCUAUAUGCCACUCCGGCUGAUGGCAAAGAUCCAAAGUUCAAGCUAGUUUCGAAGUCCAGUCUUCGCGGCCCUGAGGGCUUCUCCGGUACCAUUCAGAUUGCCAAGAAUCCUGCUGGUACCUCUGGCGAGAAGUUCUACGAUAACUCGUCUGGUGUGUAUCCCACAACAGGACAUAUCUCAGGCUCUGUUACCGGUGAUGUUGGCAGCUACAGCCUCUCUUGGACCAAGGCCGGAAAGGAUGUUGCGGGCACUCCUCUCCUCAUGUUUGCGCUGCCCCAUCAUAUCCAAUCCUUCGAUAAGGCGACCCAGGGCCGCAUCACCAAUAUCAGCCUCCGCACCACUACCAAAGGCAAUGCUACAGCUGUCAUCGGAGAGAGCUGGACCAUGGUCGAACCAAAUCUGCCCGUCGAUAUAGGCUUCGCCCCAUGGUCACCCACCCACGGCAGUGCUCAUGAGCUCUCGCCCGCUGCCCAGCAGGCCAUUCUGGAGAUUGCUCCACAGGAACUGAAGCAGAACAUUUCCAAGCAGACAGAUCUGAACAGCAUGUACUACAGUGGCAAGGCGCUAAGCAAGUUCGCAACGCUAGUAUACACCGUCAACCAACUCGGCAACAACGUCGAUCUAGCCACGAACGCCUUCCAAGAACUAAAGAAGUCGUUCGCGAACUUCGUGCAGAACAAGCAGCAAUUCCCGCUCGCAUACGACACCGUCUGGAAGGGCGUUGUCUCGACUGCCGGGUAUAGCGGCGAUUUGAACCAGGAUUUCGGAAACACCGCGUACAACGACCACCAUUUCCACUACGGCUAUUUCGUCCAGGCCGCCGCCAUCAUCGGCUCCCUUGAUCCGGCCUGGCUGGCCGAGAACAAGGAAUGGGUUAACACGCUCGUUCGUGACGCUGGCAACUCCGUCGCAAAUGAUCCCCGCUUCCCCUUCUCCCGCUCGUUCGAUUGGUACAACGGCCACUCCUGGGCUAAGGGUCUCUUCGAGUCGUUUGACGGAAAGGACCAGGAGUCCACCUCGGAAGAUACCAUGUUCGCGUAUGCGAUCAAGCUAUGGGGAAAGACAACCGGUGAUGCGAGCAUGGAAGCUCGCGGCAACAUGAUGCUAGGCAUCUUGGGUCGAUCUCUGAACAACUAUUUCCUGAUGGAGGAGGGCAACACCAACCAACCGGCAAACUUCACUGCAAACAAGGUUACUGGAAUUCUAUUCGAGAACAAAGUCGACCACACCACUUACUUCGGCGCCAACCUCGAAUUCAUCCAAGGCAUCCACAUGCUCCCCCUAAUGCCCCACAGCCCCUUCACCCGCCGAAAAGAAUUCGUCCGACAAGAAUGGCAGGCCAUGUUCGCCGAGAAUGCCUCAACCCCAGCUUCCAAGGUUGACGGUGGGUGGAAGGGUGUGCUAUACGCCAAUCUCGCUCUCAUCGACCCCAAGGCGUCGUGGGAGUUCUUCGCCCAGCCGAAUUUCAAUUAUAGUUGGAUUGAUGGUGGAGCCACGCGCACUUGGUACUUGGCUUUUGCCGCUGGUCUUGGUGGCGCUUGA